GAAGCCGCUAAACAUACCUGAAUGAUACACCACGUCUUCAUACUUCACAUUAGCGUGCUAUAACACUGCUUGCCAGUAAGCAAUUUUUGACUUUGGACAAUUUUAAUAUCAACACAUAUUCUGUGGGAGACACACAGCUGCACAAGAUUGAGAACUACAGUUUAAGGUUACUGGGUGACGUGGGGCGAUGAAGUGUCUGAGUUGUGGACAUGUUGUGGUGGAAGAGAAAGCGAAGUUCUGCAGUGAAUGUGGCAGCAAACUGCAGCAACAAGCUCAACCAAGUAGGCCUGCAGAUAGUGGGGCUGCAGAGCCUUCCUCUGGUCCUGACGUUGUAAUGGAGAGCGGCGCUGAACUGAAGGUGCUCAGUGAUCCAUCGGGAACGUCUCCUUCAGACAGCUUGUCUGCUUCAAAUUCAGAACAAGCUAAUGAAAAGCCGAGUGAGGAACAAAAAGAUAAUCCACGGAAGAAGAGGAAAAAAAGGAAGAAAAAUAAGAAGAAAAAAGAACAAGAACAAGAUGAAGAAAGUGAAGGGCCUGCUUCAUUGGAAUCUGAACAGCUCUCUUCUGACUUCUCAGUCGUUUCACUAAAUGAAAAUACGGCAAACCGGCAAGGGUUUAGUUCUGAGGCACAGGGAAAGGAUGAUGCAAUGACAGACACUGAUCCUGGAGCUGCAAAAAAUGAACUGAAUCAGCCCACAAAAAUCACAGGGGAGCCAGUUUCAGAUCAGACACCAAACAAGGAAAUUGCCUCCAAACAAACAGAUGGUAAAACAGUGCCGUUAAGAAGGGAUCCGAUCAAGCCUCAGAAAGAGAGUGUUGCUUCCCAGGGAUCUAGUUCAGCUGAUCCUCAGUGUCAGAGGAACAGUGAGGAAAAAGGAGACCCAAUGUCAGGUACAAAUCAGAGAGAAGAUGUCCUAGGAAGCUCCUUGCUGCCCCAGGACCCAGUUAAUGUUGCUAAACGGAGUGUAGAAGGAAGUGUGCCUGCCCAAGAUUCCCAGAGCUCCCUUGGGAAAACAUCUGCCUCAACAUCCACAGGUUCGGAUCAUGAAACUGGCCAUGCAGAGAGCAAGGAGAACCAGGGUGUAAACUCUUCAGAAAACAGCAAUCCUAAGAAGGGGAAGUUUAAUGAUGGUACCAAAUCUCAGAAGAAUUCUACAAAUUCAAACCAGGGAAACAAAGAUCACAAUUCAAAUGUGGCAGUGGAUAACAAUCAACCUGCAAAACCUUCAACAACAGAUCUGCUUCAAAGCCCAACAAAAGAAAAAGCAAAUACUCCUGCAAGGGACAGCAAAGAUUUGCAGGGCCAGUCCAAGAAAAGUGGCUCGAGCAACAAUAAUAAUCAGUCAAAAAAUAAAUCGGAGGAAAAUAAAUUAAGUAAAAAUCAAAAGGAAAGUUCAACAACUGGAGUAGAAAACAUGGAGGUACAGCAGACUGCUAGUAACCAAAGCCAUCAAUACACACCUAACCAGGCGAAACCUGUAUUUGGAUCCCAGGAAACGAAUAAAGAGAAAAAAGAUGGCGAUGGUUUUCAGCAAGUGCAGGGAAAAAACAAAAACAAAAAAAAUAAAGAACAAGAAAGAAUGAAGGCAGAGGCUCCAAAAAGGAUGCAAGAGCAACAGCAGAUUAUGCCUGGAGACCAUCUUACAAUUUAUUUUCAUGCCAUUCUGUCAAAGGAUUUUAAUUAUGAUCCAGAGCAUGACCGUAUUUACCUUAUGUGUGGAGAACCUUUAGGAAACUGGAAAAUAGCUGCAACUGAACUCCAUGUUAUUAAGAAAUUGGACAAGCAUGGUUACCUUAUUGGAGGACAUCUCAAAACAUCUAAAACUGCUAUUUCCAAGUCCAUACCUUACAAAUAUGCUGUGUCUUCUAAGAAAUUAGAAUAUGAAACUGUCUAUAAAUGGGAUACUUCUAAAGAUGUUGUUGUUAAUCGAUGUCUGUUUAUCAAGCCUAACCUGAUAAAUGAACAAGGUGAAUGGCACCAGUAUGAUGAUAUCAUCUGUGCAAAGCCCUCUGAGGGCUUUACUCGUUUUUUCACCCUCUCGUACUGGACAGACGAGAGAAAGAGGAAUGUUAAAAAGGGGAGAGAAAUAGCAGGAAGGUUCAUCCUGCAAUCCAUAUUUGAUCUUCUCUCGCAAUGGAAUGACGCGAACGUUAAGAAUUUCUUCUACCAGCUCGACAUCUUUUACAAAACUUACCAAGAGCCGUGGGUUCAUGAAAAUACAGGGAAACGAUGGACAUCCCUGCAGUUUGGUGAGGCUGAGGUUAAGAGUUUACUGAAAGAGGCAAUGGUUGAAUUGGUUGCACCUCACUUGAAGAAAGAGAAUCAAUCUGGUAAAGUUUUGAUGGAGAAUCCCUUAAAGGCAGCAGCUCUUGUUGUGGUACUCUGUCAACUGUACGGCAUAGCCAUGAAUGAAGAAGAGAUGUAUGCAUUGUGUACUCUUUUGUGCCUGCCACCGCUGCCAAAGGAAAAGCUUAUCGAAUUCUGCAGAGACUUUAAAGAAACCUUUUCAGGCAUAAAAAUUCUGAAAUGUGCUCUGAUGCAGUUUUGCGAAGUUCUUAUGUAUAAAGGAAUGUUUCCGUGGGUCUUGCUGAUUCCUCUUCUACACUUGCUGAAUGAUGUGUGUCAGCCCUUUGAGCCCAUUGAAUGGAAUGGAAGUCCUUUACGUGAAGAAAUCUGGGCAGGACUUGAAGGACUCUCCUAUAAUUCUUUCAGGAAUAGUUAUUGCACCACCACCAACAAUAGGGCUUUGCUAGCGCUGAUGUCGGAGAAGAAGCACUUGGUUGAAGUUGACAGAAUGUUAGCUCGAUCUUGGCUCUGCUUCUUAAGAUUGGAAGAUUUACAAGGCUACCUGGCCCUCAUAGAUGUUGAUCUGUUGGACAUUCUGCGGGCAUUGCUGUAUAAACUGUACACACCUCCAUACAACUUCUGUGAGAUAUGUGUACAGAUUCUAAGGCAUGUUUUGAACAAACUGGAUGAUUCAGAAUUCAGUUUUUUGGACGCUAGUUACCAAAUGGCUUGCUUGAAUUACGGAUUAAAAGUACUCAAAAGAAUCUGCGAUUUGGCAAAAAACUACUGGCAUUACCUUGCAGCGAUGAACAGUAUGGAACUUGUCAUCAAACUCUCAGCACCUAAGCAAAAUCUUCUUCAAGAGGACAUGGAUGGUGCAAAUACAUUACAUGUGAAUGAAGUGUUAUCAGAGACUUUAGAAACCAUGAGGAACUGGAUAAGAAACACAUUUAAAAAACAUUUCUUGACUGGCAGCUGGUUUGUUGAUUUUACACAUGAAGAUGAAAUAAAGAUGUGGAACAGUGUAAUUUCAGCCAGUUUUGGAAGUGAAACAUUCACCUCAAAAUGGAGAACCACUCACCUGAAAGAUUUUGAAGGGAGAUUGAAACAGGAACCUCCACUUAGUCAGAUUGAAAUCUACUGCAGUAAAAAUGACAGUCUGGCACAGUUAAACCCUCUGCUUGCCUCCUGUUUUGAGAACUGCGCUCUUGAGGCUGUUCAAUCAAUAUGCCAGGACAAGAGAGAAGUUAGACUGUUUGAAAGCCUUCAAAGACAUGACAUGGGCAAGUUUGGUAAACUGGUAUCAAAGAUCAUUGAGAAAUCCUGGCCCAGAAAUGUAAAGGACGAGCUACUGGAUGGGUACGACGUGGUGAUAAAUCAUUUGCUAAACUGGUCUGUAGCAAAGAACAUCUUCCAGUUACAAGAUCCAAAGAUCAUCGACCAACUUACCGAUGAUGCCAGACAAUUAAUUGCUGUAUCGGAUUCUGUUUUAAUGAACAUCUCCGAGCAGCUUGUAUGUGGGGAUAUUCAGAUCAAACAUCUCAAAAGCAUCUUGCAGAAGAAGGAGGACUUCCUGAUGUUGCUGAAAAUAAAGGGAUUUCCUGACGAUGAAAAAUGCAUUGAUGAUAAAUCCAUGAAGACAGUUCUAGGGUGGCGGGAAGAAGAACUUGAAGCAGUCAUGAGUGAAAAGAGCUGGGUAGACAGCCUCCUGAAAAUGUGCAUGAAAAUCACAGAAUAUGUGAGAGUGGACGUCGAGGAACUACAAAGAAGGCAUCAUUCUGACAUUGAGUCGAUGAAACUAAAUAAAGCUGUUGUUGUACACCUGGUCGAUGACAUUGAUAAUGAAGAAGCUGGGGUAGUUACAUAUUUUCAGCUAAACGAAGAAAUAAGAGCUAUGGCUGGAAAAAUACAUACCUUUAAAGACAGCUACAUUCUUCAGAUUUGUUGGCAGAAUGAAGCAAAAAGUAAAGCCAUAACUGACUCCAAUACAGAAGAGCUUACACCUGCUCCUGAUAUAGAAUUAACAGCUGACAACAUAAACAAGGAGAUAUUUGAGCCUUGCUUUGAAAGAUACAAAAAUAUUUAUAAAAACACAAAGGAAGGUAGUCUUACUUUAGGGGAGGUGGAUGCAGUCUUUGAAACCUAUAAGAGUCGCUAUGAAGCUCUGAGGCAGGACCUUGUCAUCAUGAGCAAACUACAGCAUUCAGAAGACAAGAGGUGGAUUGGAAGGAGGAUCCAACAGAUUCAGCAGUACCAUGAACUCUAUCUUGCUGUGGAAUCUGCCCAGGUCAUCAUGGAAGUGAAACAGGCACUGGGUCUUAAUGGAGAUUUCACAAUACUAGAGACUUUAUUGGAUGUGACACAUGAGGAUUUUAAGGAGGAGAAACUGGACUGCAUUGAUAAGGAUAUAAUACAGGCAAAAGCAAAUCUAGUUGGUAUCACAGAAACUCGUAGACGAUGCUUGGUGGAGCUAGGACAGAGGAAAAACUUUGUCAAUUGGGUAAAAGAAGCUUUAGAAGAUAUCAAUGAGCUGAAAGUGUUUGUUGACCUGGCCUCCAUCUCUGCUGGUGAGAAUGACCUGGAUGUGGAUCGUGUGGCCUGCUUCCAUGAUGCUGUGCUCGGUUACUCCUCCAUGCUGUAUGAUUUGAAACCAGAAGCUGAUUUCCCUGCCUUUAUGGAGUCACUGAAGAAACUUUGGAAGGCACUGGAGAGUGAUAAAGAUCUUCCAAAGAAACUGUGUGACACUGCAAGACAUCUGGAGUGGUUGAAAACUGUUAAGGAAAGUCAUGGAUCUGUGGAAUUGUCAUCUCUGUCUCUGGCUUCAGCAAUUAAUGAGAAAGGCAUCUAUAUAAUCAGUUCAAAAAAUCUGAAAAAGCUGUCCCUGGACACUGCCCUAGAGCUGAAGAUACCUGAGGAGCAUGAGGGCGGGCAGGAAAUGCGCUCCUAUUCUCUGGAGGACCUCAAAGAGCUGCAGAACAAACUGAUGCUGAUGUCUGGGAAAGGUGAUCAGGGACAAUCUGAAGUGGAUCAUUUUGCAGAGGUUUUCUCAAAUGUCCACAGGCUUGCUGUGUCUUUCAUUGACCUGUACUCUGCUGGAAACAUGCUCUUCAGGAAAUGGGAAGCUAAUGUAUACUGCUCUGAGAAUAACCAAGCAGGUGUUAUCAUGGAUUUCCACCUCGACAAAACAAUUGAGGAGAUCAUCGUUGAUGGUCCCAUAGUGGAGCAGCUCCCAGAGAUAUGCAGAAAAAUGGAAAAAUGUUUGGAGUCUUGGUGGGAUUUCAUGAACGAGAAGAGAUCACAGCAUUAUUACUUGAACUACUACACUGCAGAGCAGAUUGUAUUCUUGUGUAACAAGCUGUCUGCUGCAGAUGUGGACCAGCUAGAGGACCAACAAGUUAUGAUGAUGCUUUCAUUCAUUAAACCCAACUGUACCACAACAGAUGUCCGGAAAGCAUGGCACCAGUGGAAUUAUGAUAAACUGGAAAAGCAACCAAGGAAAAAACAAGAGGUGGACCUCCAGUCUUACAUUGAUGACAUUCGCAUGGAAGUUGACACCUCUGAGACCAGCAGAAAAGAGACAUACAGCAUCCACAAUCUGCCAGUUGUAUUGUCCAGUGCCAAGGCAGCAGACAAGUUAGAUUUGGUUUGGAACUUUUACAUGAGAGAUAUGAAGUAUUUUCUGCCACAUUGUUUAGAUAUUGGCACCCUUGGUGAACUUUUAGCUAUUCUGGCUUCCAUGUCGAAACCUGUCCUCAGAAGUCUUCCACCAGGCUUGCAAGAUGGACGUCCAAACCUUAUCGCCUGCCCACACUCCCAGGUGCUUACAUCUUCUAUUUGCAUUUUCAUGUCGAGCAAGGAAGAGCAGCUGCCCACAUACGACGAGGUGCUCUUGUGUACAGCGGAGACUACUUACGAGCAAGUGGAGCUGUUCUUGAGAAGAUGCCUCAUCCAAGGCUACAAGGGGAAGAAGGUCUACUCCAUGCUUUACGCAGACGAGCUAACUUACGAAGUCAGCUUUAAAUUUGAGCAACUUUUUAAUAGGCUCAGCAAGCAAAGCAGGGAUGACUACCAGCUGGUUAUAAUCUGCAACUGUGACCGGGAACACUACUACAUCCCAUCAGCUUUCAGUCAGUACAAGGUCCAUGUGAUACCCCAAGAACCACUGACAAAUAUUCAGACGUACCUAUCAAGCCACUAUAGAGUUCCACCUGAAGUUGCUACAGCAGCUUCCAUCUUCAGAGACAGAAUGUUUGUUGGAGUUGUGUCUUCCAAAAGAGCUGGAGUUGGUAAAUCACUAUAUGUCCGAAGGCGAUAUGAAGAUCUUGAAAAAACUCAUAACAAGGACAGUGUGCUGAAAUGCAUAAUAAGACUGAUCGAACCAAAGGUUGAUGAAAACAAAGUCCUUCAGUCUAUAUUGCCCUUGUUAAACAGCUCCACGCAGAACAAGCUAACAGUCUUUCAUUUUGAUAUCACAUCUUCAGUUCAGAAAGGUCUCUCUGAAUUUCUCUUUAAACUGCUGGUCUUGCAUUACUUGAUGGAUGCUGAAGGUAAAAUGUGGAAAUGCAGCAAUAGACAUCUGUAUGUCAUUGAGAUCCUUGAAACAUCAGGAGAAGUGAAGAAACAGACAAGACCUGGAUCAAACAUUCCACAUUACUCUUUCCUGGAUAUCUUCCCUAAAGUAUUCUGCAGACCUCCCAAAGAAGUUCUGGAGCUAGAAAUGGGCAUGCAUGACAGUCCAUACCAGGUCAUGACAGACCCACUAAUGGAUGACCAAGAAUUCAGAAGUGAAGCCUUUCAAAGACCCUUUCAGUACCUUAAGCGGUUCCACACACGCGAAAACAUUGACACUUUUACUUACAGUGGCACUGAAGGAACCCAUGUUGAGUGUCUGCAGUUGUUCUUUAUCUACUGUGGUAUAGUAGAUCCUUCGUGGUCAGAGCUGAGGAACUUUGCCUGGUUUUUGAAUUUGCAGCUACAAGACUGUGAGAGGUCUGUUUUUUGUAACUUCAAUUUCACUGGUGACACUUUACAAGGUUUUAAAAACUUUGUAGUUGACUUCAUGAUUCUUAUGGCGAAAGAUUUCGCAACACCUUCUCUCAGUAUCUCUGACCAAAGCCCUGGGAGACAACAAUUUAACUUCGAUAUGGUCACGGAAGAGGAUCUUGCUCCUUUCCGUAUCAGAAAGAAGUGGGAGACGGAACCACACCCAUACAUCUUUUUCAAUGACGAUCACGAAUCCAUGACCUUCAUCGGCUUCCAUCUCCAGGUGAAUGGCAAUGCAGUUGAUGCAAUUGACCCUUCGACUGGCAGAGUUAUUAAGAAAAACAUCAUGACUCCACAGCUCUAUGAAGGUCUUAGGCUUCAGAGAGUGCCGUUUAAUAUCAAUUUUGAUGAACUACCGAGAGAGAAGAAGAUAGAGUAUCUUUGCCAUGUGCUUGGAGUUAUGUGGCCCAUGGACCCUGAUGAGACCUAUGAACUCACCACAGACAAUAUGCUGAAGAUGCUUGCCAUCCACAUGAGGUUCAGGUGUGGCAUCCCUGUCAUAAUCAUGGGAGAAACUGGCUGUGGCAAGACCAGACUUAUCAAGUUCCUUUGUGAACUGCGGAAGUGUGGUGCCCCCAUGGAAAACAUGAAACUUGUAAAGGUUCAUGGAGGUACAACUGCAGAAAUGAUUUACUUGAAAGUAAGGGAAGCAGAAUCCAUCUCGCGCACCGGUAAGCAAGAAUAUGGCUUUGACUCUGUCCUGUUCUUUGACGAAGCCAACACGACCGAAGCUGUAAGCAGUAUCAAAGAAGUCCUUUGUGACAAAACUGUAGAAGGAGAACCUUUGGCUGCCUCCACAGGUCUGCAGAUUGUAGCUGCAUGCAACCCUUACAGAAAGCAUACAGAUGAAAUGAUUGGACGCUUAGAAUCGGCAGGUCUUGGUUACAAGGUUGGAGCAGAAGAGACUGAAGACAAACUGGGAUCCAUUCCUCUGCGGCAGCUUGUUUACAGAGUGCAGGCAUUGCCUCCAAGCAUGAUUCCUUUAGUGUGGGACUUUGGACAGCUUAAUGAUCAUACUGAAAAGAUGUACAUCCAGCAAAUUGUGCAGAGAGUGGUUAAGACAAUCGACAUUCAUGUUGAAUACAUUCCUCUCAUCACAGAUGUGUUGUCCACCUCACAGUGUUACAUGAGGCAGAGAAAAGAUGAAUGUAGCUUUGUCAGCCUGAGAGAUGUGGAACGCUGUAUGCAAGUUUUCGUAUGGUUUUACAAUAAUCAUGAAAGGUUGCUCCAAGAGUUGAAAGAGUUCAUGAAGAAAGAAAAAAAAUAUGAGAGACGCUUAGAUGAAAGAAAUGAAAUUGUCUGGUCCCUGGUAAUGGCAGUCGGUGUUUGUUAUCAUGCCUGCUUGGAAAAGAAGGAUAAAUACAGAAAAAAAAUCUGUGCUCACCUUCCCAAACUUUACUGUCCUUCCAAGGUCCUGCAAGAAAUCUCACUUAUGCAAGAUCUUCUAUUGAGUGGUGUGCCUUUGGGAAAGACAAUAGCACGAAACAAAGCUUUGAAAGAAAAUGUCUUCAUGAUGGUCAUCUGCAUAGAACUCAGGAUCCCACUGUUUUUGGUUGGAAAACCGGGAAGUUCUAAAUCACUGGCUAAAACUUUAGUGGCAGAUGCUAUGCAAGGCCAAGCAGCGCACUCAGAUUUGUAUAAAGAACUGAAGCAGAUCCAUCUUGUUUCAUUCCAGUGCAGCCCUCACUCUACCCCUGAAGGCAUCAUCAACACUUUCAAACAGUGUGCUCGCUUUCAAGAAGGAAAGAAUUUGAAGGAGUAUGUAUCGGUUGUAGUCCUCGAUGAAAUUGGCUUAGCCGAAGAUUCUGCUAAAAUGCCCCUGAAGACCCUUCACCCACUCCUGGAGGAAGGCUGCAUUGAUGACGAGCCUCUUCCGCAUAAAAAAGUUGGCUUUGUAGGAAUUUCCAACUGGGCUUUGGACCCUGCCAAAAUGAACAGAGGUAUUUUUGUGUCCCGUGGAGAUCCGGAUGAAAAAGAGUUACUCGCAAGUGCGAAGGGGAUAUGUUCCUCAGAGCCUAUGAUACUUACGAAAGUCCAGGGAUUCUUUCCAGGGUUUGCCAAAGCUUACUUAGACAUCUGUAAAAAACAAGGCAAGGAGUUCUUUGGUCUCCGGGAUUAUUACAGUCUUAUAAAGAUGGUGUUUGCAGUGACAAAGUCCACUAACCAAGAGCCCACUACUCAGCAGAUCGUGGAGGCGGUGCUCAGGAAUUUCAGUGGUAGAGAUGACGUUGAUGCUGUGGCUGCUUUCACUUCAAAGGUUACGAUGAGCACGGACAUGGAUAAUAUCAACCCCAUUGAACUGGUCAGACAAAACAUUUGUGCAGACAGUCAGGACAGCGAAUGUCGAUACCUGCUGGUUUUGACAAAAAACUAUGCUGCUCUCCAGAUACUUCAACAAACAUUCUUCUCAGACCGAAGUCAGCCAGAAAUAAUCUUUGGCUCAAGCUUCCCAAAGGAUCAAGAGUAUACCCAGAUUUGCCGCAAUAUCAACCGCGUAAAGAUCUGUAUGGAAACGGGACAAACCAUUGUUCUUCUCAACUUACAGAACCUUUAUGAAAGUCUGUAUGAUGCCCUUAACCAGUACUACGUUUGCCUUGGUGGACAGAAGUAUGUGGACUUGGGAUUGGGGACACACCGUGUCAAGUGUAGGGUUCAUAAGGAUUUCAGGCUCAUAGUCAUUGAGGAGAAAGAAGUGGUCUAUAAGCAGUUCCCUAUCCCUCUCAUUAACAGACUUGAAAAGCAUUAUCUUGACAUUAACACAAUCCUCAAGAGUGAUCAGAAACAAAUUGUCGAAGAGCUGAGGAAGUGGGUGGAUGACUUCAUUGCAGUCGACAAUCAGCAAUCUUUUGCCCAAGAGACCCAGGUGUAUGUUCCAUCUGAUGUCUUUAUUGGCUACCAUUCUGACACGUGUGCAUCAGUGGUCCUGCAAGUGGCAGAGAAACUGAGGGGAGAUGCAGACAUCACAGAAACAAAGAGAAAAUUGCUGGAUGAGGCCAAACACAUUCUACUCAGCUGUGCCACUCCGGAUUCAGUGGUGAGGCUAAGCAACUCUCGAUUGUCAAAAGUGGAGUCUGACCAGCUGGUAAAGGAGUACUUUGAGAAUCAAAGACACAGCUCACUGGCAGACUUUGUCAUUUCACACACAGAGCUGGAAGAUCGGGGCCUGGCUGCAUUCACAGAGGUUACAACUUUCUCCCGGCUCCUCACAGCUUCUGAUAUUCAAAAACUGUCCAGUGAAAUUCAUGAUAUUCGGAACAUUGUACUUCUGUCCCUGCAACAAUUUGAUACUGAACACUCUUUCCUCAAAAAGAUCAGACAUUUUCUUGAUGCCAGCGUUGGAAACAAAAUCCUUAUAAUUCAGACUGAUUUUGAAGAAGAUUCUGAAAGUGCAAACCUGAUUGCAUCAGCAAAAUAUUCUGCUAUCAACGAAAUUAAUAAAACCAAGGAAGGGGGGAGAGUUUUUGUCUAUUUCAUAACUAAGCUUCCUCGAAUGGAAGGAGGUACCUCCUAUAUAGGUUUUCAUGGAGGUCCUUGGAAGUCUGUCCAUAUUGACGAUCUCAGGAGAUCGAAGGACAUCAUUUCUGAUAUCACUGCUUUAAGGAACCUAACCAUCAGCCAACUGUUCGAAGAAAAAGCAGAGCAACCUGAAGCAAUGGAGAUAGACGUUGAGACUUCUGAAAUGACAGAGCCCUCAGAAAAUGAUGAAAAUGCUGACUCUGAAAACAUACUAGACACAACCUCCCUGGUUAGAAGCUGUGUGCAGAGCGCUGUUGGGAUGCUGAGGGACCAAUACGAAGGGACCAAUCGUAGCACCAAGAGAGUGCAGAUACUGCUGACACUGCUAGCAGAAGACAAGGAACUGAACGCUUCCUUUUUGAAAACCAUGAAGAGAAGACUGUAUACCCUGCUGGCUAGACAUGAUGAGAACUCUCCGUCAGCCAAGAACUGGGUUUUCAAGGAAGCAACAAACAUUGAUGCCCUGCAGGAAGGAGGGACGUUCAGACACACCCUGUGGAAGCGAGUCCAGGCUAUGGUCAUUCCCUUCCUGGCCCAGGUGAUCUCCCUCAUAGACCGGGACUGUAACCUGGAUCUUCUGAUGGAUAGCAAUUCAGAUCGACUGGUGAAAAAACUCUGGAUGGACAUUUUUGGUGAUGUAAAGCUGCUAGAUAUACCCUAUACAGGAGUUGACAAGAAUUCUGAGUCCAAGACAAUUCUUGUCCAAAACUACAUGAAAUUAGAUAUGGGGGUUUGUAGCACCAUGCCUUUCAGCUGGAGGAUGAAGGAUUACCUGGAAGACCUCUGGGUUCAUGCUCUGCAACAAGAAGGACACACCCACAAGCAGUUUGAAGAGUUUUUCAGUAAAACUCCGCUCGGACGUUAUAUAUCGCAAGCAAAUGAAGAAAUGAAGAACGAGUUUUGCCACCGGUAUCUGCAAGACUUUCUCUUGAUGACCAUGAACGUGUCCUCCCAAGUAGAGUUAGAGUUUCUACACAAAGCACUGACAUCCUGUUUACAUGAGCUAAGAAUCCGCUUAGGCAUUAAGGAGGAGGUGCCCUCGCUACCCUGGGUCCAUUCAGCUUACCAUCAAUUCAAGAAGCGUCUGCAGAACUUUUCAAGAAUGAUCACUAUUUAUCCAGAAGUGGCAGAAUUGCUCCAACAAAGGAACAUAGGGGAAGGAUUCGAAAUGGAUAUAGACGUCUAUGCCGCUACUGCCUGCAUUGAGUUGCUGGAGCCCCAUAAUUUGAAGACAGAUGAGUCCUGUCAAGCUUGGCUGCGGCAGGUUAAGAGUCUUCAGAUUCCAGUUGAGCUGGUCUGCUCUGAGGAGUAUGCCCAGCUGUAUGGGGACCGAUGCCACACUCUGGUCAGUUUUGUCAGAUCUGGGUGGAAUCGUAUCUAUUCACUGUCCUUGUUUGUGGAACAUGUGUUGCUGGGAAUCGAGACUGUAAGCAAGGGACUGCUGGAGCUGGUAGAGGAACACACUCUCAAGUUAGGAAAGUGUCUCCAGGAAAACUCUGAUUUAAAAUCCGACAAACCUUUUGUAGCUGUGAUUAACAUACUUAAGUGUUGCAAAGAAGAAGCAAGUAGAAAGUUUUUCAGGUAUGGUCAGCAGCCAUGCCCUGUAUGUCUGGGGGAUGCACGUGAUCCAGUGCUCCUGCCAUGCGAGCACAUCUUUUGCCAUGCCUGUAUUAAGCAGUGGUUUAGUCCUGCACAGAUGUAUUGUCCGGUUUGUAAAACAGCCAUCCAAGAUGACUUCGAAGUGAAAGUUUCAGAAGAAAUCCGGGAUGCAGUGCAGUCGAAUGCUCAUUUCCGAAACAGAUGCAAUGCUUUUUUCAUCGAUGUGGUGUCCACUGUGUGCUUUAAGGACAAUUCUCCUCCUACAGAGAGCAUCAUCUAUCGCCUUCUCUCUCUCUUGCUGGUUAACAAUGAUGCAAUUCCGUUUGUUAACAAAGAUCGCAAGUUCCACACCAAAGCUCUUUCUCCAUUUGAUGACUCUGUAGAUAAAACUCCAGUUGUUCGGUCAGUUGUGCUCAAACUGCUGUUGAAAUACAGCUUUGAGAAAGUUAAAAAGUAUCUGCAAAAACACCUUUCCUCUGUUGAAAGAAGUGUACUUCUAGGAGACGAGGAUAAGACUGAACUCUAUGCCCUCUUCAUAAACUGUUUGGAGGACUCCAUGUAUGAGAAUGCUCAGUGCUUUACAGUCGCAGAACAGCAAUCACUGUUGGAACAGGAAAGUAAUUUCUUAAGACACGCCAUUGGAAAUAAAGGCUCCAGUGUCUCAGUGGAAUACCUUCAGGAGAUAGCCAGGAUUCGGCUCUCUCUUGACAUGGCUGCAAACUUUCUGGUUGAGCCUGGCAAUUCAGGGUCACAACUGCAAAUACCUGGAGGCCAGCAAAAGUCAGAAUUCCUGAAAAGCAUUAAACAGUUGUGUGAGGGAAGCGGGAAUGACUGGUAUCGGAUUUACCUGGCUCGGAAAAUCUGCCAUCAGCAAGGCAUGGAGUUCGUACAGCAGCUGUUAAAUAAUAUGCACUUCAGAUGGAUGUUCCCUGAUGAAAUUGUUCAGCAGCAGCAUGACCAGCCAGGCCAGAUGGAUCGGUACCUAGUAUGUGGUGAUGUUUACAGAACAUUCCGUGAUGCAGUUGGCAAGGCAAUGAUCGAAUGCAAAACAGAGGGCUUAGCAGAGGCAUGCACGAAUUGCAACCGUCCAGCAGAUAAUCAAGCGGUGUACCUGGUCCUGGCUCUCUUCCGAGAGGUGACCACACUUUACGGAUCAGCAAACCAACUCGUCCACCCAAAACCUGCGCAAUAUGAGGCACUAAUUGAAUUUAUCAAGAAUUCGAAUAUACUCGGCACUCAAGAGCUAAAGCACUUGGCAGACUCCUUGGUCAGAAAUAGUCUUGAAACCCUUGCUGUCCGCCCUGGUUAUCCCAGCACAUUGCAGACGAUAAUAGAACUGACCGUUCACACUGCUGCUGUACUCUUGUGUGGAAAAGAUGGGAUUUUGGCCCCAUUGAAACAGCUGGCCUUUGUUCCAGCAAACAUGCAGAAUGCCUUCUUACCUACAAUGCCUGAGGAUAUGAUGGCAGUAGCCCAGCAAGUAUUAGGGCCAGUGCAUUGGUAUAUGUGUCCAAAUGGUCAUCCAUGUGCUGUUGGCGAGUGUGGACAACCAAUGGAGAGAAGAAAGUGCAUUGACUGUGGUGCUGAAAUGGGAGGAGAAAACCAUAGGCCUGUUCAAGGAUUUCAACGAAUUGGAAUAACAGGUGAUCGAACCCAACGUGGCCACGUUCUGGGAGACCCGCAGAAGAGAGACAGUGCAGCGAUGCUGGAUACCAGGGAGAUUUCCUCUGUGCCCUUCAUACUGAUUCGAUUCCUCACUCACAUGGCUAUGCUACUGGGAGCUGCACAGGAUCCACAGUCAAUAGCACAAAUAAUAAAGCCAGUGGUCCCAAACCCAGCGCAGUUCCUCUUGGCCCAUUUGAUGAAGGACCUGGACCAGCUAACAGGGUCCCUGGGGAAAGGAAUGGACGACACAGCCAACACUGUCCAUCUGCUGCUCUGCAACCUUAUGGAACAGCACCAGCAUCAGUGGCCUGUGCGUUAUGAUGCUACACUGUCAACUAAAGAGAAAAGAAACGGUUGGGAGACAGCUAUUGUUUCCAGCGUUAUCACACCUGAACUCAAGAAAUUAGAACGCCAGCUGAAAGAAGUAAACGAACAGAUCCGGAACGACAAGCGGAUCUCCUCCAGCCCGGUUGUGAAGAUCCUGUAUGGAAACCCCAAGACGUUCCUGGCCAGUCUGCCCCAGCACAGUGAUGUCUACUGCUCCACCAUCUGGAGCUGCAGGGACAGGAUUUCUGUCCAGCACUUGGCUCACAUUGUUGAGCAGAAUGAUGGCAAAGACACUCUGCCUGUUUUAUGGAAGUUUCUGCAAAAGGAUGCUGAGCUGAAGCUUGUCAAGUUUUUACCAGAUCUGCUUGAUCUGCAAAGAGAUCUGGUUAAGAAAUUCCAGAAUGUGACUGAUGUGAUGCAUGGCUCAAUUAGGGACUUUAUUCAAAGUCAACAAGCAGCAUCAUUAAGAGAAUGGUAUGAAAAGAGGAUUCAGAUCUUUUUGGCAUUAUGGAAUCAGCUCAGAACUUCACUGGCUACUAAUGGUGAAAUUAAGAUCCCUGAAGAAUACUGCAGCAGAGAUCUAAAGCUGGACAGUGAUUUCACUGUGCUUCUCCCGAGACGCCAGGGCCUCGGGCUGUGCUCCACUGCCCUGGUGAGCUACCUCAUUGCGCUCCACAAUGACCUGGUCUACACUGUGGAGAAAUUCACUCAAGAAACACAGGGAUACACUGUGAGCCCAGCGGAUCUGAGCGACCUUCACGUGAUAAAGUACGAGGUGGAGAGAGACCUGAUGCCCCUGGUUCUAUCAAACUGCCAGUACAGCAUGGAGCGAGGACGGGAGACCCUGCAAGAGUUCGAUCUGCAGAAAAUCCAGCAGCAAGUAACAAACCGGUUCCUGCGAGGCAAACCUCUGAUUACCUUCAUUGGAAUACCGACAUUGCUCAACAGACAAGACCGAAAUUAUGAAAACAUAUUUAAGGACGUGAAAGCAAAACUUGUGCAGGAUUCACUCCCGAAUGCAGUAAUGAAUGCCCUGAGCGGGGAGUUUCAGUCAUACAGUGACGUGUGUGAGGCCCUGUCAGUGGUUGAAGUGACGCUGGGAUUCCUUGCAAAGACUGGGGUGGAGGCUGAGAUGCAGCUGGUGAAGUACGUGCAAGACAUCCUGCAGAUGGGAGAUCAGACUUCUGAACACAUACUAAAGGCAUUAAGCAGAUGUAACCUGAAGCACAUCAUAGCGCUGUGGCAGUAUCUAACUGCAAGGAAAUCGGAGUGCAUGAUUCACCUCAAGCGGGACCCAUUUACAGGGAUCUGCAAAGAGUAUAAAAAAAACCUUGAUGCCGAUAAGCAGAGACUCCUGACUGGGUUCUUUGCGCAAGGGAACGUGGACACCUUCGUUCUGGAGAUGCACGAAUUUCUGCUUCUGAACCUGAAGAAUGUCGAAGCUGCUGAUGUCUACAAACCUACCUGGAGCCUGAAAGACACGCUGAUCUCAUACAUAGAAAGAAAAGACCUUGAUAUCCCACCAGAGCUGGAAGAGUUUUUUCCUGAAGAAAUCUUACUGUCGCAGUGUGUUGAGGCCUGGAAAUUUGCAGUCACCUAUAAACAAGACCGCAUGCAAAGAUAACUCUUUACAGCAAGGCACUUCUAACUUUGUUUUAGCUCAACUUGUUACUGCUUGAAAAGGCAAACUCUGGAGAAAUUAUAUUAAACCAUAAAUUAAACCUUUAAAUCUAAUCACGAAAUCCAUUCAUGCUGUGAAAAAUUAGACAGAUGCACAUCUGUAAAUUUAAAUUAUUGAUAAGCAUUUGAUAUUUCAGGGACAGCCUUCUGUCAGCUGCAAAAAAACUGCACAAAAAUAAAAUGGUUUAUAGUGGUGCAUAUAUUCCAUUGUAUUAGAAAAAGUAUCUCAAUGCACAGCACAUGUAGUGAGUUACUCAAUGCAAUAAAGUAAUUGCAAAAUGUUUCAAAGGAAGCUAUACAUAAAGUGUACAGUAAUAAAUGCAUGUUUCACAAAGUUAAUAUAGAAAACUAUAAAGUGCAAAUUAGAAAGUGCUUCUAAGUCUAUAAAUAAGUUUUUGAAGAGAUUUGUUGGACAGAAAGGGUAUACUUACUGUGCCUUACACCCCUACUGUCACUAUGUAUGUCCCUGCUUUCUGUGGGCUUUUGUUUGGUUUAGAUCUGCUGGUUUGUAUUAUGCACAUACUAUAGUGUAUGUAGAUAAUGAAGAUGAAACCAUGAUCUCUUUAAUUUUAUGCAUUCCUUCACUAUGUUUACAUUGUAAAACCAAACUGAUCUCUGGUAUUUAGAAAUCAGUCUGAUUUCGCAUGCUGCAGGGUAAGGGCCCAGACUCCUGACAGAGCCUCAUUUUGCAAGGUCUGCUAAGGUGUAGAUCUACCCUAGGGGUUAAACUACUGCCUCCCAAUGACAUACACCCACACUCCCUACACAGUUACCUUAUUGUACAUUUGCAGCACUGCCCCUUAAACGUCCACAGAAUGCUUUAUUACAUUUGAAGCUACUUAUCCUUUAACAGUAAAAUAGCUUUAGACAAUUAUUAUUUGUUUAUUUAGCAGAAGCCUUUAUCCAAGGAGACUUACUGAGACUAGGGUGUGUGAACUAUGCAUCAGCUGCAGAGUCACUUACAAUUACGUCACACAACGAGUCAGUGGCUGAGGUGGGAUUUGAACCGGGGACCUCCUUUUCUUUAACCACUGGACCACACAGCCUCCCAAUAAAUGCAGCAGCAUGUUAAUGAGAGGACAGACUCCAGUCUAUUCCUAUAUUGGUAAAAAAAAAAAAAAAAAAGUGUGAACUCUUUACAGUAAUUGUUCAAAAUGUUUUAUGUUUUCUUUUCCAAUAUUCUGUUCUAGCCUGUAGUAGGAUUCUUUAAAAACUAGCUUAAAACGAUAUAUAGUUCUCUGCUUCUAAACCUGAACAUGUAUUAUAACAAUUACUUGAACUUUGCACUGUUAUAAACCAUGUGUUGCUUUGCAUUAGCCAACAUGAUCUAGGCAAACGGAUCUAGGCAACUGUAACAUGGGGCAGGAGGAAUACACAGACACAGCCCCAUGUUACAGUUGCUGCUAGCCACGUAAAUCAUGUAGCCCUUAGUUCUUUUUAAACGUGGAAGAUGUUUAUGUUGGUUAAAUAAUAGUAACUAUUUGAUAUAAUAUUAAACAUCCCAGUACUGUUGCCUGGAUCCCUGCCUGUUGUAUUAAGCGAUUUGUAAGUUUGACAAUCCAAAAUUGUACUGUUUAGCAACAUUUUUUUUUUUUUUUUUUUUUAAAUGAUUGUAAAGAGGACUGUAGUCACAGAAUAAUCCCUCUAAUGCUGCUUCCAUUACAAAUAUUUUUUUUAUUGUGGUGUUUUUUUUUUUUUUUUUGGUAGAUUAGUAGUAAAAUUAAGUUUGACCACAAAUGUGAAAGACCUGUUUUACAAUGCAUACAUAAUCGUGAUUUGCAGUGAUUGCAGGAAUAGCUUGAGGAUCUAGAUAUUUUGAGCAUUGUGAUAAAUUGAUUAAUCAGUGUAUCAAUAGUUUACUUGGUGCCAUAAGGAUCACAUCAAAGUGACAAACCCUAAAAUAUCUGAAUAUAAAAGGCUUGCAUUCAGGUCUGCUCAUGUUUGUGACAGAGACACAGUUUACAAUUUAGAACACUGGUACAUUCCUUUGCAAAAAUACAUUGUGUUUCAUUGAUAAAGGUGCCUUUGUUUGUUUCUGAACUUUUAAGUUAUUGAAUCAACAUUUUGAGGGUCUGCUGCAUCAUUUAUUUUUUUAUUUUUGUGAUUUUCAUUUAAAUUGUUUACUUUAAAUCUUGCUAUUAAAAAAUUCAAAUCUUAAUAA